CUUUACGUACACUCGUAUUGCCUCCUUCACUGGGUUCUCCCCUCCCCCUUUCUCUCUCUCUCUCUCUCCAAGGAUGUCGGGGACUCUGAAGGGCAUCUUUACCGGUUCGCCCAAUCGCAGAGGUACCACAUCUUCAUCACAGACGCCUGCAUCACCCCUUUCCACUAGCUAUUCCGUUCCCCCUUUUCCAGUUCCUCAAGUCGAUCGCAGCCUCACACUUCACUAUACCACAAAUGGGCUACUCAUCGUACCAUCGCAGAUUCGGCAUGGCAAUUCCAGGCCUCUGAGUAGCUCACACUCCUCUGGCGUCCGGCUAAGCUGGGAGAGGCGGCCUACACCAGAGAUCGUUAAGGCAGCGGAGGUAGUACGAGUGCUGGGAGAGCAGGGAGAGCACGCUUCGAUACCAUGUUUCGGGCUCAUCGGAAUGGUCAAAUUGUAUAAGAACUCGUACCUCCUAGUCAUUACCAAGCGCGAGCUGGCAGGAGAUUUCCUAGAGCAGAACAAGCCGGUCUACCGGUGCAGUGGUGUCUUGGCUGUACCACUUUGCAAAGACAGCGCUCAGGUCGUACUCAAAUCUGAGUCUCAGAAGGCCAAAAGUUCGAGUCCUGCAAGUGCCUCCGACGAAGAAGAGGAUGACAGUGACGAUGUCAGCGAGGGGGAGGAGAGUGAUCACGACGACGUUGCUACACCCUCUCUGAUUGGCAGAAGCUCCUUCCUGACUGGAUCAAAGAUCGCCCCGUCCAUACCUUCAGCAGCCAGCGAGAUUCGCUCUUCUCCCCUCGCCGCAAGCAGAAUGUCAGCUUCUCAGCAUGAAGACCCACAGGGCCUGGGAGAUCAGGGUACUGUUGGCAAGGACGAAACAACAGCGGUGCCUCACGUCAAGGUCAAUGAGGCAGCAGCCGCUUCACAGUCAGAAAGGCAGGCAGAAGAUGGUCUGUCCGCCAAAGACCAAGAGGCGAAUCGUGAGGAGCUUGAAGACAAGCUUGUGAAGGAAGCCGCACGGCAGUAUGCGCGUGGUGAGAUGCUCUUCUCAUAUGACUUCGAUCUCACCACCGCUCUCCAGCGCAAGUACGAUCAGGUGACUGCCACCGGCGUUAAACCUUCCAACACAAUGCCAUUUGAGGAGCCCAGAGCCACCCUGCCUCUGUGGAGGCGAGCCGAGAGGAAAUUCUUCCAUAACGAAUUUCUCUCGCAGGAGUUCAUCACUGCUGGUGUCCACUCUAUGGUUCUUCCUCUGAUGCAGGGAUACUAUCAGACCUCUACUCUGCCGAUCCCUGCCGCAAUACCUGAGGGAGACGAGGUGACUGCCACCAUGACCAUCAUCUCGAGGCGAUCAAAGGAGAGGCCCGGAUUGAGGUAUCAGCGUCGAGGAGCGAAUGACCAAGGGCAAGUUGCGAACUUUGUGGAAACGGAGCAAAUUCUCCAUGUCAGACGAAAGGAAGGUGCGCAGACCCACAUUUUUUCUUUCCUCCAAUUCCGAGGCUCCAUCCCACUCUACUGGUCGCAGAACCCUUUCAGUAUGAAACCACCGCCAGUUCUGGAAGGAACAAAGGAACAGCGCGCUCUUGCAUGCUCGAAGCAUUUCGAGGCUCAGAUUGAGCGCUAUGGUCCAAUCACUUGUGUCAACUUGGCCGAACAGAAGGGUAGGGAGGGUGACAUCACACAAGCCUUCCGCGAGUCCGUAGAAGAGCUGGAAAGCAAAGGUGUGAAGGUCAAGUAUCAGGCCUUUGACUUUCAUAAGGAGUGUGCAGGCAUGAAGUUCGAAAAUGUCUCGAAGCUCAUUGAUACUCUUCAGGACUCGUUGAAGGAGAUGGACUGCUUCUGGCGAGCAUGGAUCACGAGUUCUUCUGGCGAGAAGACGUCGGAGCUCAAAGCUGUUCAGCAUAGCAUGAUGCGCACAAAUUGUCUCGACUGCCUGGACCGCACAAAUGUUGUCCAGUCUGCCUUUGGUCGCCACCUCCUCGCAUCACAACUGGCCCGCAUCGGACUUGCUCUCAACCCUCCACCGCAUGAAGCUUACGAUGCAGUCUUCAAUGAGCUCUGGGCCAAUAAUGGAGACCUAAUCGCCAACAGCUACGCCGGCACCCGUGCUCUCAAGGGUGACUUUACUCGUACGGGCAAGCGGAAUUGGAAGGGCAUGAUCAACGAUGCUACUGCUUCGGUCUAUCGUAUGCUACAGGGAGCCGUCUCAGACUUCUGGCGACAGACGGUCAUCUCCUUCAUCUAUGGCGAGCUGACCCUCAAUGGUCUUGAGAGGUACGGCGAGGACCUUACCACCGUCGAUCCGUCCAGCGAGGUACGGCUCAGGAAAGUAAGAGCAGCCGCUAUCGAUACCUGUGCAGAGAUGGCCCUGCACGAGGGCGAGACGAAAAUCGGCGGCUGGACCCUCUUCUCGCCCAUGGAGGCUAACACGAUCCGCUCGAGCAAGCUCGAGGAGAAGAUUGUCCUGUUGACCAACAAGGCUCUGUACAUCUGCGCAUACGACUUUCAGAUUGAGAAGCUCUCCGAGUUCUCGCGAAUCUUGCUUGGGGACGUGAGAGGCCUGAAAAAGGGAGUGUACCUCAUCUCGCCGCGCGAUGGGCAGCACAGAGAGCAGCACUGGGGACUAGUCGUCUCGUACCUCUCUGAGUCCAGGAGGAUCAACUCGGCCACGAUCAAGAAUGUCCCCACCGAAGCAACAUCAUCACCUUUAGAUGGAGGAGAAGCAGCAGCAGAAGGCAGCAAAAGUGGGUCCUCAAGCCCUACUGGGGCCAGUGCAGCUGUCACCGGCAAGGAGAACUUCAUCGCUCUCAAGGCCAUCGCGGACGAAUUCGCUGGCACCCUCAAACGGGAACCCCGUGAGAAGCGCAAGAGCCGAGUCCUCUCCGCCAAUGCAAGCGCAGGCGUAGGCGGAGCUACCGGUCUUCCCUCUUCUUCUUCUUCCUCUUCCGCCCAGCAGCUCUACUCAAACUACGAAAGCGGCGAAUUGACCUCCAAGGAGAUCGUCGAGAAGAUUGUGCAGCUCCUCGUCGAGGAAUGUAGCGAUGCUGAUGCCUGCAUCACUGAGGGUGUGGCGCAGGCGGAGGAGGGGUUUGUGAAAGAAGGAGACAUUCAGACGUUGGCAGAAGCGAAAGCGCAGGCGCCCAUGUUGAGUGGGCUGAUCGAGGGGCUGAGGAGGAGGGUGUGGCUUUAGGCUGGUUGCUGCUGCGCUCGGAUGCGUACACUGCCAUGCCUGCUAGCGUCGAUGUUGUUUAUGAUAUCGUACAACUACAAUCAGGAAUUCGUAUACCCAGACCUGG